CGUGCCUGUAUACAAACGAGAGCAGAAGAUAACACUGAGAGAAAAAUUCAAGUUAGAAAUAUAUAGAUUUCUCUAUACUGGAGCUUCUUUUUCAUGCAGUAUGGAGGAGAAGGUGGAGAAGAAAAGUCCAGUCAAGAUUCGUAAAGUGUUAAGGCCGAGCACAGAUGAGAAUUACUGGGACUGUAGUGUGUGUACGUACAGAAAUGGAGCCGAAGCCUUUAAAUGUGCGAUGUGCGAUGUUAGAAAGGGAACUUCAACAAGGAAACCAAAACUUAAUUCUCAGUUAGUAGCUCAGCAAGUUGCUCAACAGUUUGUUACAUCACCUCCUCCCUUAAAAAAGGCUGUGGCUAAAAGACCAUUUAAAAAAUUAAGGCCUCGACUCAAAAACAUUGACAGAAGCAGUGCACAGCACAUGGCCGUCACCGUAGGAAACAUCACUGUGAUUAUAACAGAUUAUAAACUUUUAAAACCUGAAAAUUCACCCUCUGUCACACCAGACAGGAAUUCACCCAGACCACUGUCAGAAGAUGGCACAGACCCAGGGCCAUCUCUUGGUUCUGAAUUUACAAGUAAUGGAUUAAAUAAUCAGGAUGACAGCUCCUGACAAAAGAAUGAUUUUUAUAUUGGUACAGUAAUUAUUAGGAACAAUUUGUAUUUUUUGUGUCAUUAGAGGGGAUCCAGAAUCUUUUUCUGUCUUUUAUGAUUUCUGCUAAACAAAAUCCCCUUCAAAAGCUGUUGAUAAGACAGUCAGUACUCUUUAUACAGACACCUCUGUCAGAGGUGCUUUCACCUCAAGAAAGAACAGUAAAGAUGGUGCUGCCAUUUCAAUGUUCAAUUUGUCAAAACAGUUUGGAAUUGAGACACAAAGUGGUCUCUCGGGUGCCUGUUUUACAGAGAAUCGACUUAACAUCUCUUUCUAACAAGUCUCAAAGAACACUGCAUAUGUGCAUCAGUGUAUUCUCUAAAAAAAACUUGCUUUGUGCCUAGCAGGAGAGCAAGCCUGUUUUCAAAAUGUAAUCACCCAAAUCAGGGUAAUAGUUAAUUAACUCAGUUUUUAUGUGCUUUUGAUUAGCAAUGAAAGGUUUAAAUUACACCGUGCUUUCUUUCUUUCAUGUAGUAUGUUUUGUUUGUUGUCAUCAGUAAAAACUAUUGAAAAGGUGGGUAUGACAGCUAUUUACCAUAUAGAUAGGAAAUGAUUCAUAAAAUAACUGAGAUCAGAAAAUGGUAGAGAAAGAAACAUCGAUUCAAACUUUAGGUGCUGAUCUAAAGAAAACAAUGAAAGAUUUCAAAUAUUCUUUUUUAAAAAAUUUUCUUACAUUUCUCAAUUAUUAGGAUGUUACUAAUUUGUUGGUGUAGCUCUAUUUGUUUAGUUCAUGGGGUAAUAUGAAACUUGUGUGAAGGCUUUUGCCUGUAAAUAACUGGCAUUACAGUACAUUAAAUUACAUUUUUACAAUUUUUUCUCAGACCUCAGUUCUCUUCCCAUAUUAAGUUGUCAAAGUCCAUGAUGGCCAUACAAACUUAAAAACAAUUAAACAAAUGAUCAUAAUUGUCA